AACCACCUAUAGUACCAACAAAAUGAAAUUCAUGAUUGUCGUAUCUUUAAUUUGCUUGGCAACAUUUGCCAAUGCUGGUAUCCUCUUGGGACACCACGGUCAUGAUGACGGUCAAUGGCGCGGCGAAGGACUUUUAGAAAGUCAAUGGUACGGCGAUCAUGAAGCCCAUGGUAUAAUUGCUGCUCCUCUUCUUGCUCAUGGUCAUGGACACGCCACAAUUGUAGGACCCUCUAGCCAUGGUAUUGUUGCUGGACCCGUAAAUCAUGGUGCUACCCUUGUUGGCCCAUCUCACCAUGCUUCAGUUGUAGGACCAGUUGACCUUGGAGCAACCCUUGUUGGACCAUCUCAUCAUGCUUCCGUAGUAGGACCAGUUGACCUUGGAGCAACCCUUGUUGGCCCAACCCAUCAUGGUUCAGUUGUAGGACCUACCAAUUUAGGAGCUCACCUUGUAGCACCCUCAGCUCAUGGUAUUGUUCAUGGAAGCCACAGUCAUGGAACCAUCCUUCUUGCUUCUUCGUCCCUCCAUCAUCAUUAAAUCUUAAGCUUAUCAUUCACUAUGAGAUUUGUUGUUACACCAUGAAU